AUGGACAGGGAGUUCAUAGCAGAGAGACAGAGAGGACUACAGGUCUACCUAGACUUUAUUACCCAGCAUCACAUCCUAGCCACCUGCCAACUGGUCAAGAAGUUCCUCGACACCAACAACUACUCUGCCAACUACACAGGUGUGUGACCUCUUAGGGUUGAGGUUGUGGGGUGUGACGCAGGGUUUCUGUUAGGAAAAUAUGGCGCCGGAUGUUUGACCGGCAGCAUUUUUUAAAUUUACCGGACAUUUGAGAAAUGUACCAGACCCAUACGCAUUGGGUGUGUAACCUGAUUAGGGUGUCCACCCACGGUGCUCAGAAUGACAGAAAUCACAUUUAGAUUAUUGUCGUUCGUAUUAACAGAACAUGCUAGUCGAAGAUGCAACGAUGUGCGCGUCCUUCUUACCGAAUUCUGACGCGCACAUUGAAGAUGUUAGAAUAACUGGUCACAUGUACUUUUCCUCAGCCAACAAGACGAGUAACGAACAGCAAAAAUCACUAGUCUGUCAGUCUACUCUCCCCCAUCGUAGAAAGGUCGACUAGGAUUGUGCCUUUGGCUACUGGACAACGAAAGAAAGUUGAUAUGAAAUAAUUGGCUCCACGGAUAUGGUCUGAUUUUGGCCUUUGAUAUGAAAUAAUUGGCUCCACGGAUAUGGUCUGAUUUUGGCCUUUGAUAUGAAAUAAUUGGCUCCACGGAUAUGGUCUGAUUUUGGCCUUUGAUAUGAAAUAAUUGGCUCCACGGAUAUGGUCUGAUUUUGGCCUUUGAUAUGAAAUAAUUGGCUCCACGGAUAUGGUCUGAUUUUGGCCUUUGAUAUGAAAUAAUUGGCUCCACGGAUAUGGUCUGAUUUUGGCCUUUGAUAUGAAAUAAUUGGCUCCACGGAUAUGGUCUGAUUUUGGCCUGCCUUCGGUUGCCUUUGUUUGCUGUUAAAGAUGCAGCAGCUGCUCUCUCGCUGUCUGACAGAUUUUCCGCUCCAAGGCUCCGUAUCUGUAUGCGUGUGAUAAAUAAGAUACAUAACGAAUAUACUGUAGACACGCACCAAUUUAAUUCCAUUAAAUUAUGCAAAUUAACCUAUACACCAAUAAGCCUGACCAGUCGACUGGUACUCCAUCAGUCAAGAGGCUAAAAACAUUAUUUCACAAUGGGAUUUCACUAUUUUUAUUUAUUGGCUUUUCUAUUUUGUUAUCGGCCAAAAGACGGCUAUUACCAGCUAACGGAAACCCUGGUGUGAGAGCGCCUCUAAAAGAGUCAAAUAUAUUCAUAUUUCAAACUACUAUUAUCCCAUAUAUAUAUAUUUUUUUGUUAGUAUUUUUUGUUGUUGAUAAAUUGGGUAAUAGUUGUUUUUCUGUAUGGUUGUUAAACUGAGCCCCGUCUCUUCUCCUCUACAGAAAUCGCCUUACAGCAGGUGUCCAUGUUCUUCAGGUCAGAUCCCAAGUGGGAGGUGGUGGAGCCUUUGAAAGACAUCGGUAAGUUUAUUUAUUUAUUUUAUUUAUUUAUUUAACCUUUAUUUAACUAGGCAAGUCAGUUAAGAACAAAUUCUUAUUUACAAUGACGGCCUACCAAAAGGCAAACGGCCUCCUGCGGGGACGGGGGCUGGGAUAAAAAAUAUAUAUAUAGGACCAAACACACAUCACAACAAGAGAGACGCCACAACACUACAUAAAGAGAGACACCACAACACUACAUAAAGAGAGACACCACAACACUACAUAAAGAGAGACACCACAACACUACAUAAAGAGAGAAGCCACAACACUACAUAAAGAGAGACACCACAACACUACAUAAAGAGAGACACCACAACACUACAUAAAGAGAGACACCACAACACUACAUAAAGACAGACGCCACAACACUACAUAAAGAGAGACGCCACAACACUACAUAAAGAGAGACGCCACAACACUACAUAAAGAGAGACGCCACAACACUACAUAAAGAGAGACACCACAACACUACAUAAAGAGAGACACCACAACACUACAUAAAGAGAGACACCACAACACUACAUAAAGAGAGACGCCACAACACUACAUAAAGAGAGACGCCACAACACUACAUAGAGAGACACCACAACACUACAUAAAGAGAGACACCACAACACUACAUAAAGAGAGACACCACAACACUACAUAAAGAGAGAAGCCACAACACUACAUAAAGAGAGACACCCACAACACUACAUAAAGAGAGACACCACAACACUACAUAAAGAGAGACACCACAACACUACAUAAAGAGAGACACCACAACACUACAUAAAGAGAGACGCCACAACACUACAUAAAGAGAGACGCCACAACACUACAUAAAGAGAGACACCACAACACUACAUAAAGAGAGACACCACAACACUACAUAAAGAGAGACGCCACAACACUACAUAGAGAGACACCACAACACUACAUAAGAGAGACACCACAACACUACAUAAAGAGAGACGCCACAACACUACAUAGAGAGACACCACAACACUACAUAAAGAGAGACGCCACAACACUACAUAAAGAGAGACACCACAACACUACAUAGAGAGAGACGCCACAACACUACAUAGAGACACCACAACACUACAUAAAGAGAGACGCCACAACACUACAUAAAGAGAGACACCACAACACUACAUAAAGAGAGACAUCACAACACUACAUAAGAGAGACACCACAACACUACAUAAAGAGAGACAACCACAACACUACAUAAAGAGAGACACCACAACACUACAUAAAGAGAGACACCACAACACUACAUAAAGAGAGACACCACAACACUACAUAAAGAGAGACGCCAACAACAUUACAUAAAGAGAGACGCCACAACACUACAAUAAAGAGAGACACCACAACACUACAUAAAGAGAGACGCCACAACACUACAUAAAGAGAGACACCACAACACUACAUAAGAGAGACACCACAACACUACAUAAGAGAGACACCACAACACUACAUAAAGAGAGACGCCACAAACACUACAUAAAGAGAGACACCACAACACUACAUAAAGAGAGACGCCACAACACUACAUAGAGACACCACAACACACAUAAAGAGAGACACCACAACACUAACAUAAAGAGAGACACCACAACACUACAUAAAGAGAGACACCCAACACUACAUAACGAGAGACACCACUACAUAAAGAGAGACGCCACAACACUACAUAAAGAGAGACCACCACACACUACAUAAAGAGAGACACCACAACACUACAUAAAGAGAGGACACCACAACACUACAUAAAGAGAGACGCCACAACACUACAUAGAGACACCACAACACUACAUAAAGAGAGACACCACAACACUACAUAAAGAGAGACACCACAACACUACAUAAAGAGAGACGCCACAACACUACAUAAAGAGAGACGCCACAACACUACAUAAGAGAGACACCACAACACCACUAUAAGAGAGACACCACAACACUAAUAAAGAGAGACACCACAACACUACAUAAAGAGAGACGCCACAACACUACAUAAGAGAGACGCCACAACACUACAUAAAGAGAGACACACUACAUAAAGAGAGACACCACAACACUACAUAAAGAGAGACGCACAACACUACAUAAAGAGAGACACCACAACACCACAUAAAGAAGAGACACCACAACACUACAUAAAGAGAGACACCACAACACUACAUAAAGAGAGACACCACAGCACUACAUAAAGAGAGACACCACAACACUACAUAAAGAGAGACGCCACACAACACUACAUAAAGGAGAGACGCCAACAACACUACAUAAAGAGAGACAACCACACACUACAUAAAGAGAGACACCACAACACUACAUAAAGAGAGACGCCACAACACUACAUAAAGAGAGACCUAAAGACACACUACAUAAAGAGAGACAACCACAACACUACAUAAAGAGAGACGCCACAACACUACAUAAAGAGAGACACCACAACACUACAUAAAGAGAGAACACCACAACACUACAUAAAGAGAGACACCACAACACUACAUAAAGAGAGACACCACAACACUACAUAAAGAGAGACACCACAACACUACAUAAAGAGAGACACCACAACACUACAUAAAGAGAGACACCACAACACUACAUAAAGAGAGACACCACAGCACUACAUAAAGAGAGACACCACAAGCACUACAUAAAGAGAGACGCCACAACACUACAUAAAGAGAUACCUAAGACAACACUACAUAAAGAGAGACACCACAACACUACAUAAAGAGAGACCUAAGACGACAACACUACAUAAAGAGAGACACCACAACACUACAUAAAGAGAGACACCACAACACUACAUAAAGAGAGACACCACAACACUACAUAAAGAGAGACACCACAACACUACAUAAAGAGAGACACCACAACACUACAUAAAGAGAGACACCACAACACUACAUAAAGAGAGACACCACAACACUACAUAAAGAGAGACACCACAACACUACAUAAAAGAGACACCACAACACUACAUAGAGACGCCACAACACUACAUAAAGAGAGACACCACAACACUACAUAAAGAGAGACGCCACAACACUACAUAAAGAGAGACGCCACAACACUACAUAAGAGAGACACCACAACACUACAUAAAGAGAGACAACCACAACACUACAUAAAGAGAGACACCACAACACUACAUAAAGAGAGACACCACAACACUACAUAAAGAGAGACGCCACAACACUACAUAAAGAGAGACACCACAACACUACAUAAAGAGAGACGCCACAACACUACAUAAAGAGAGACACCACAACACUACAUAAAGAGAGACACCACAACACUACAUAAAGAGAGACACCACAACACUACAUAAAGAGAGACACCACAGCACUACAUAAAGAGAGACAUCACAACACUACAUAAAGAGAGACACCACAACACUACAUAAAGAGAGACACCACAACACUACAUAAAGAGAGACACCACAACACUACAUAAAGAGAGACACCACAACACUACAUAAAGAGAGACACCACAACACUACAUAAAGAGAGACCACAACACUACAUAAAGAGAGACACCACAACACUACAUAAAGAGAGACACCACAACACUACAUAAAGAGAGACAACCACAACACUACAUAAAGAGAGACACCAACCACCACACUACAUAAAGAGAGACCCACAAACACUACAUAAAGAGAGACCAACAACACUACAUAAAGAGAGACACCACAACACUACAUAAAGAGAGACCACAACACUACAUAAAGAGAGACACCACAACACUACAUAAAGAGAGACACCACAACACUACAUAAAGAGAGACACCACAGCACUACAUAAAGAGAGACGCCACAACACUACAUAAAGAGAGACCUAAGACAACACUACAUAAAGAGAGACACCACAACACUACAUAAAGAGAGACCUAAGACGACAACACAACAUGGUAGCAGCACAAAACAUGGUACAAACAUUAUUGGGCAACAGACAACAGCACAAAGGGCAAGAAGGUAGAGACAACAAUACAUCACGCGAAGCAGCCACAACUGGCAGUAAGAGUCCAUGAUUGAGUCUUUGAAUGAAGAGAUGGAGAUAAAACUGUCCAGUUUGAGUGUUUUUUGCAGCUCGUUCCAGUCGCUAGCUGCAGCGAACUGAAAAGAGGAGCGACCCAGGGAUGUGUGGGCUUUGGGGACAUUUAACAGAAUGUGACUGGCAGAACGGGUGUUGUAUGUGGAGGAUGAGGGCUGCAGUAGGUAUCUCAGAUAGGGGGGAGUGAGGCCUAAGAGGGUUUUAUAAAUAAGCAUCAACCAGUGGGUCUUGCGACGGGUAUACAGAGAUGACCAGUUUACAGAGAAAUAUAGAGUGCAGUGAUGUCCUAUAAGGAGCGUUGGUGGCAAAUCUGAUGGCCGAAUGGUAAAGAACAUCUAGCCGCUCGAGAGCACCCUUACCUGCCGAUCUAUAAAUUACGUCUCCGUAAUCUAGCAUGGGUAGGAUGGUCAUCUGAAUCAGGGUUAGUUUGGCAGCUGGGAUGGAAGAGGAGUGAUUACGAUAGAGGAAACCAAGUCUAGAUUUAACCUUAGCCUGCAGCUUUGAUAUGUGCUGAGAGAAGGACAGUGUACCGUCUAGCCGUACUCCCAAGUACUUGUAUGAGGUGACUACCUCAAGCUCUAAACCCUCAGAGGUAGUAAUCACACCGGUGGGGAGAGGUGCAUUCUUCUUACCAAACCACAUUACCUUUGUUUUAGAGGUGUUCAGAACAAGGUUUAGGGCAGAGAAAGCUUGUUGGACACUAAACAAGCUUUGUUGUAGAGCGUUUAACACAAAAUCCGGGGCGGGGCCAGUUGAGUAUAAGACUGUAUCAUCUGCAUAUAAAUGGAUGAGAGAGCUUCCUACUGCCUGAGCUAUGUUGUUGAUGUAAAUUGAGAAGAGCGUGGGGCCUAGGAUGGAGCCUUGGGGUACUCCCUUGGUGACAGGCAGUGGCUGAGACAGCAGACGUUAUGACAUUUUACAUUUUAGUCAUUUAGCAGACGCUCUUAUCCAGAGCGACUUACAGUUAGUGAGUGCAUACAUUUUUCAUACUGCCCCCCCCCCCCCCACAGUUAGUGAGUGCUUUUAAAGCUCAGAUAGCCUUGAAGUGCUUUUGUAAAUAAAGUGAAUUGAUUUCAUAAUUAGGUGGGCUAAAUUGAUUGGUUAAAUGCACCAUCUCUAUUUGACCAUGAACUUACCAUUGUGACUCAGAUAAAACCUGACAUGUUAAGUGGACUGUUAAUCAGGAAACUGUGAUAUUAAAAUGGACUUGUUUUAUAACCUUUCAGGCUGGAGGAUACGGAAGAAAUAUUUCUUAAUCAAAAACAAAGAUCAACCCAAGGAACGACAAGUGUUGAGUUGGGUGAGUCUACUGUUUACUAUUGCUAUUGGAACUUUAAUAAAGGAUUGUAUAACUUAAUUGUGAUCUUAUAGGUAGAAUCAAAAGUUGUUUUAUACUGUAGGUGCAGCUUGUCUUGGGCCAGGCGCUGACUGGUUUUGACUUGCUGGCGACAGUCUUGUUGUUUUGGUAUCUGCAUUUUAUAGUUCUAAACUAAUUAUAUUGUGUUGUUAUCACCUGAAGGUAUUUGGCUGGUAAAGUAUGUGUUAAGUUUAUGUGGUUUUGUUGCUGCACAGGUUGAUUUGGGUCCAGAUAAAUUCCUGUCAGACAAAGAUCUUCAGUCGACCAUGAAGCUCCUACCCAGCCAGUCUGUACGUAUAAUCUUUGAAAAUAGAUUUCUAGUAGCAGAUUUCUUCUGCCCACUGUCG